CGCAAUGUGCGCGCCGUAGAUAUAUUGUAAACAUUUUCUGAAAACGUCUCACAAAGCGGAUGUACCUCUCAUGAACAGUAUUUUCAGAGAAUGGAGGACUCUGCAAGAGGAUACGGGAGGAGGGGUGGAGGAGGGCGAAGGCCCAGACGAAGUCGAUCCAACACUCCGCAUAGGGCUUCAGAAAUCCAUGCAAAUUCAAAUCUGGUUCAUAUAUACGAUGACGACAAUGAUGGCGAAAACCAGGAAACUAGGCACAACUUGCCAAUAUACGAUUCAUCAGAAUUUAUUGAUAAAUUGGGAGAGCCAAAUCGUAGAAGGGGUGGAAGGGGAAGAUCAAAUUUUCGAGGGAGGGGACGUAGGGGAGAAUCAAACCAAAGAGGAACCUCGUCAAGCGGGGAUUUUAGAGGGAAAGGUGGAGGCCGCGGUUACUCUAGAGGUCAGAAUUCAAACCGUGGUCAAGAUAGUGACGGUCGACCCAGAAAUAGAAUGAUGGGGUAUAAACGACUGCAAGAGCUGCAUCUUGAAGACAACCCUGAUGAUGUGCUUCUUCAGUUGGUGACAACCAGAAACGGAUUUGGGGAUUUAUUGGAGAGAGAAAUAGAAAAAGAUUGGAUGUUUAUGCUUGUGGAAAUUCUAGUGAAAGCGUACAAAUCAAAGAAAGAGCUUAACUGCAGUGAGCUUACAAGGCACUUGAGUACGAAACAGUUUAUACCAAACCAUCUUCUACGUUUUGUAGCCGAUAUUGAAUAUGGUGUAGUUAAAUAUCAUGACGAUAAAAUGGGAGCUUUAUUAUGGAAUCUAUGUCAGCUGACCCUUAUUUUGUUUCAGAAUAUGCAAAGCAGUUUACCAUUGCUGAUAACGAUCCUUGAUACGUUGGAAAGAUUGUUAUCAAAUGAUUACAAAAUCGUUUGUGAGAUUUCAUGCCCUGACAUAUUUGCACAGCUUGAAACGUUAAAGGAAGCCAAAGAUGCGAUUAAACAAGAAUAUAUUAAGAAAAAAGAAGAAGAAGAAAAGCCCCAAAAACGUCAACAACCCAUAGAACAAGAACCACCAGACGAUUUUCGCGAAUUAUCUGUUCUUCCAACCCUUCACGAUCUGCAGUUCAACAAGAAACCUUUCUUGCGAUGCAACAGAUCUAAAGGUGGAUAUGAUGAUUUACAACAAUACUUAGACAUACAGUUCCGUCUUUUAAGAGAAGAUUACUUGCACCCUCUUAGAGAGGGUAUCCUAGACUACCGUAGAGAAUUAGAAGUUGCAAGCAAAGUAGGGAAAAGGCGACAGACGGACAUAAGAAUGUAUGAAAAUGUGGAAAUACUUCGUCCUCUGUGUUCAAACCAUGGAGUCAGACACGUCAUCAAAUUUGAUGACACAAAACUGAAACACAUACGCUGGGAAUCAUCUAGAAGACUGAUGUAUGGGUCUCUGCUCUGCUUGUCAUCCGACGGCUUUCAAUCGAUGCUGUUUGCCACGGUGACAGAAAGAAAGAUAACGGACUUACAGAACGGAAUACUUGAAGUUCAGUUUACGGAGGGGACAGAACCCUCAUCUCUCUCAUCCACACAGACUUACAUCAUGGCGGAAACAACAGCGUACUUUGAAGCUUACAGAUACAUACUUCAAGGUCUUCAAGAAAUUGGAGACGAAAUGCCACUGCAGUCAUGUAUCGUUCAUUGCAAGCCAAAUGCAAAGCCUCCAAAGUACAUUAAUAAAGGAACAGUAAUACCAUAUGACUUUGGUCCACUUUGUAAGACCACUAAGAAACCCUAUCUUUGCCCUGUGCUUCGUACUAGCAGAUGGCCAUCGGCCAGAGACAUGGGCUUUGACGAUUCACAGCACCAGGCUUUACAAAUGGCUAUCACAAAAGAAAUUGCAAUCAUUCAGGGACCUCCUGGGACCGGAAAGACUUAUGUUGGACUCAAAAUUGUUGAGCUUCUCCUGCACAACAAAGAAAAGUGGAGAGAAAAUAUGAAAAUGGAUCCUAUUUUAGUUGUUUGUUACACAAAUCAUGCAUUAGAUCAAUUCCUUGUAGGAAUUUCAAAGCAUUCAGACAAAUUGGUGCGUAUUGGAGGGAGAUGCAAAACUCCGGAAUUGGAUGAAUUUUCAUUGCAAAACUACCGGAAGGAAGCUCGCGAAGAUAGAUCCAUAUCAAGAACAAUCCACGAAAAAAAGUACGAUUGUCUUACAAACAUGAGGAAUUGUAGGGAACAAAUAGGACAGGUUAGCGAAAAAUUGAAAUCUGCAAAACAAGGUAUUCUUCAACUUAGCGAAUUACGCCCAUUUAUAGACGACCAUCAUGCUGAUUCUCUGCAAGAUACUUCGUUCGAUGAACAAAUGGCCAUGUUCACCACGCAAAGGUCUGUACCCAAAAAUAGAAUAGAUGAAUGGCUUGGUUUUAACACAGACAUGAUGUUUGAUUCAAUUGACUUCAAUGAAAACAUCGAAAAUCAGCAAAAAAAUAUUCUGAUGUUGGAAUGGGAGGAGGAAUUAACUAAAGGGUCGAAAAUAGAAAGGAUAGAAAAGGAUGCGGCAAGGCUUGUCAAGAACCCGUGGCAACUAACUUUGCACGAAAGAGGAGCACUGUAUAAGUAUCUUCUUAAGGAAUUUCAGGAAUUUGUAAGUAAUGAGAUGAUGAUUGCUGCAAACGAAUUUGGCCAAUCAAAGAAAGUAAAAAAACGGCAAAAUAUUCCCUAUCAAGAAAAGAUAGAUGAACUUUCUAAUCUUCGGACAAGAAGCGAAAACGUUGUGUUGCAGUGCAAAAUGCUGAUUAGUCACAUCCCCAAUUACUUGAAGAAAAUACCAAAAAUGAUUCAAGAACAAGGUGAUAUAUUGGAUUGGUUGUGUCUGGACGGCUCUCCUGAGAGCUGCAGUCGAAUAGCAGAAGUUCUGAGGGAGGAAUACAUCAAUGCAAAAGAAGAGGCUGAUUACGAAGAUGAAGAAAGAAGGUUGGAGGAAGAAGAUGAAGAUGAUGAAUUAAGAUUCUUUUCGGGAUACAGUAAUGAUAAUGCGAAAUCUCCUUCACAAACAUUAAGCGGUGCAUCCCUUACCAUCCUCUACGGUUCUGUCGAAAGAUCGGACAAAUCUGAGGGCUGGGUUUCUCAAAUAAAUCGCACCAAAAUGCGUCGAAAUCUAAAGAAAAUCAUCGACAGUAGCGACAUCAUGAGAGUAAGAGAAGUUCAACUGGUGAAAGAUAUUUGGAAACUGGAUCCGCAUGGUCGACAAAGACUCUAUCGUUACUGGCUAAAUUGUUACACUACCCACUUGAAGGAUUCCAUAAAGGAAGCAGAAAAACAAUAUGACGACCUUUGCAAAGGAUAUAGAGAAGUGCUGGAUGCUGAAGAUGUUGAAAUAAUGAGGGGAGCUGAUGUUCUAGGCAUGACCACAACUGGAGCUGCAAAAUACAGAAAUAUUUUGCAAUCUAUCAAACCGAAAAUCAUCAUUGUCGAAGAAGCCGCUGAAGUCCUGGAGUCUCACAUUGUAACAACGAUCAAUUCAAACUGUCAACACUUAAUUCUGAUAGGGGAUCACAAACAACUGCGUCCUACUCCUACAGUUUAUCAUCUCGCAACGAAAUACAAUCUUGACAUAUCACUGUUUGAAAGGAUGGUUAACAAUGAUUUAAAUUAUGUGACACUGGGAAUACAGCACAGAAUGAGACCGGAGAUAUCGACGUUGAUGAAAUAUAAAGAUCUCUAUCCAGAUCUUGAUGACCACGAAGAUGUAAAGAAGUAUGAGCACAUCAAAGGGGUCAUUAACGAUAUCUAUUUUAUCAAUCAUAAUGAAUCAGAGUUGGUGCAUGGGGAAACAAAAAGCAAAUCAAAUAUCCACGAAGCUAAGUUUGUUAAAAGACUUUGUAGAUAUUUUCUCCAACAGAACUAUGACCGAAGUCAAAUAACUAUUCUAACAGCAUACACUGGACAAAUUCUUGCGAUGAAGAAAGAAAUGCCCAAACAGGAGUUUGAAGGUGUCCGCAUCACAUCCGUAGAUAAUUUUCAGGGAGAAGAAAACGAUAUAAUCAUACUCUCACUUGUGCGAAGCAACAACACUGGUAGCACUGGAUUUCUUAAAAUUGAUAACAGGAUCUGUGUUGCGUUAUCAAGAGCUCGAAAGGGGUUGUUUGUAAUCGGCAAUUUUGAUCUUCUCUGCUCUGAGAGUGAACUGUGGAAGUACAUAGCUGAUACUAUGAAAGCGAAUGGCAAUAUUGGGAGAGGUCUAGUUCUUCGUUGUGGGAACCACCCCAGAAAUAGUGUUAGUGUCAGCUGUGAUACAGACUUUGAUCAAGUACCAAACGGAGGGUGCACUCUGCCUUGUAACUAUGAUCUCAAGUGCUCCCACAAAUGUGCACAAAUCUGUCACAUUUCCGAUCCAAACCAUGAAUUCUACAAGUGUUUACGACCGUGCUUGAAGAAAUGUGGCAAAGGACACAGCUGUCCUCGAAAAUGUUUCCAGGACUGUGGAAACUGUCCUGUCAAGGUUUUAAAGACUAUACCGUCUUGUGGACACAUUGAAAGUGUCCCAUGUUCUAUAGAGGAAGAUGCAUGGACCUGCAAAUCUCAGUGUGAGCAACUUCUUUCCUGUACUCAUAGAUGCAAAGGAAAAUGUGGUAACUGUACAAAGAACAGUACGCACGAAAAAUGCGAAGAACCAUGUGUAAAACAACUUUCUUGUGGUCAUGCCAUUGUUUCAAAAUGUUUUGAAGACGCAGAAAAUCUAAAAUGUACAAGUCCUUGUCGUAGUGUACUUGAGUGUGGUCAUAAUUGCAGUGGAACCUGUGAUGAUUGUCAGCAAGGUCGAUUACACAUUCCCUGCCAGUCUGAGUGUCGAAGAAAACUUAUUUGCGGGCAUAUUUGUUUGAGGCCUUGUAUUGAAGGUUGUCCACCUUGUAAGCAGAAAUGUCAAACUGCAUGCACACAUCGACGAUGCAAAGCAAAAUGUUAUGAACAAUGUGAGGACUGUCAGGAAAUGUGUACUCGUAAUUGCGAACACCAGAAAUGUACAAAUAGGUGUGAUGAAAAGUGUGAUGGAUUGCCGUGCUCAAAAAAGUGUUCAGUGAAGCUUCCCUGCCAACAUGAAUGUAUGGGUGUUUGUAGUGAAAAGUGUCCUAUUAUUUGCGAAAAAUGCCAUUACAAAAGCUUUGAAGGCUCUUCCGACAAUAUCAGUAACGAUGUUCGGAUUGUUGGACUGGAAACUUGUAAACACUUCUUUAGCAUUGAUUCGAUGGACCUUUACAUGUUUAAUCCGACAAGGAUAAAAAGUUCUUCAGUCCCAAUAGGAUUUAGGCAAUGUCCUGCAUGUUCAUCCCUGAUAAAAAAGAGCGUGAGAUAUAAAUCAGUAAUUGAGGAAUAUCGGAAAGAUAUGGAGGUCAUUAAACAGAAAAUUAAAAAUGACGAUAUAUCGGUAGUGAAAACAGAAACAAGCGACAUUUCAAAGAAAGUAUCCUUGUUGAGAAGUAAAGAUCCAGAUGCAGUUGAUUUAAUCAUUCAACAACUUGAAGAGAAAGAAAAGUUGCCAAUUGAAAGGGUCAAUUUGGCACAUUCGCAGAUUUUGAUUUUGGAAUUGAUAUAUAAUAUUUAUCAGCAGAUUAUUCAGUCAGUCAUUGAAAACACAAAAGAAGAAAAGGUGAUUGGAGAACAGUUGAAAAAGAUCCGUAAUUGGUUGUUUGAAAGUGUCCGUACUACAAAAAACAAGGGAAAUAUACAUAGAACUGUGAAACGAACAUGUUUCUCGAAACAAGAGCUUCUUGACAUACGUAUGGAAUUGAUACGAUUGGCCUAUCAAGUCCAGUUCCUGAAGCUGAAGGCUAAAUCAAGCACAAAAUUAGAUGAAAUCAGAAACAUAUAUGGAUCUGUGAUUGAUUCAUUGUUAACGACGAGGUCGCAACUUCUUGAAAAAAAUUGCCGUAGAAUCCGUACAUUGGCAAGAUUCAAUGGCAUAGGGCUAGAUGAUACAUUAUUUGAUAGUUUGAUGUACCACGCAGCUCUGGAACGUCAUAGAUCGUGGCAGUAUGGAACCUGGUUUAAAUGCAAAAAUGGUCACAUAUCCAAAACCUAUCAAGAAAAGGAACAGUGUCCAUCUUGUGACCUUUUCAUUGGAAUGAAGACCUACGAGAAUAUUGUUCCUCCAAAACGAAUUGUGUGGGUACCUUUACCAGAGGAUCAAAACGAGAAACCAAGACCUUCACCACGUAAUGAUAAGGAUAUGAAAAGAGAGAUAAAGAAACGUCAGGAAAGCUCUGAACAAUUCAUGGAUUUGCAAACAACAAUGCAAAAUUUUACAAUAUCCGGUCCAUACUUGAUGGGAACAAAUGAUUUAGUACACACUUCUUCUUUACUAGACACAGCCAGAGGAAAUGGAUUCAUGAUACCUCCUACUAUAGUAUCAGAAAAUAAGUAUCCGACCAUAAGACCAAAACCAAAGUAUGCAUGGGAAAACAUUUCCCCAAAUCAAGAAAUCGGUGAAUUAAUUCCCUCGAAUCCGCAUUUGUUGUCUGGAAAUUCUACGAAGACUACGCAAAGCAUGCAUCAGGCAAAACAUGAUGAUGAACAUUCCUCUGUGAUACCCGAAUCAAGAGAAACAAGAUACAAAACCAUGCAGAAAGCAAUGUUAGAUAUUGUUCCGAAUACGAAUUAUGAAUGGAAGAAGACUUCAUCAAAGCAGGAAUUCGAGAAUGAUGUUUACACGCCAUCAUACACAAGCCCUAUUCGCCGUUCGUCAAGUAGCGAUGAAAAACAAACUGAGAAGAAAAUUGUUUACACAUCAGAAGAACUCCUGAAAUUUCAACCAAGUCGGCCCAGGAAGACUACUGAACAAAGUCUUUUGAGUAGAAACAGCGUAUUUGAGUUACCGCAGUCCUUACAGAGUCCUCUUGAUAUAGAUAUAAGCUUAGAUCUUGCUGAAGUAAGGCAAGCGCAAGUGGCGGUUAGCAGAACCGAACGAGAGGAACAACGAGAAACAGAUCAGACGGUGGAUCAAAGUUCAGUAACAGAUCGCCAUCGGAAUUCAUCUCUAUCAAAAUGUCCAAAAGGCCACAUAAUGCUCAGAAAUGAAACCGAGUGUCGAUGGUGUUUAAAUUUUGAUACCCCUGUCUAAGAAGCCGGACCACGACGAGAGACAAAUAUUACAGUUAUUGCAUGUUUCACCCUCAUGCGGUGACCAUAAACGGUCAUGACCGAUUUGUAGUUGUAGACUAUAUAUAUAUAUAUAUAAUCUAUAUCUGUGUGUGUAGUGUGUGUGUGUGGUGUGUGUGUGUGUGUGGGGGGGGGGGGGUUCAACCACUUGGACGAAUAAGAGGUGUCCUAAUUCGCUCCCCAAAAAGCUUUGAUUAGCAAGUGUAAUUUAGUGCUAGUGUUUUGUUAUUUCUUUAACCAUUUUAUGUAAAUCUUUUCGUUUGUCCUGAGGAAUGGGCAUGUCAACCCUAAAAUAGCACAAUCUAAUUGUUGUCCCGUGUUUUAGCGCUUUGUAUGAUUCUUGUAUUUGUUCUUGUAUCCACGUUGUGGAUCCAACAUUUCUAAGUAUCGGGUGUUGAUGGAACUCAGUACUUUUUUAUGUAUAUAUAUAUAUUUUAAUUGCGUUUAAGCUGGUGUUAUUAGUCGGCAUAUGUACUUAAUGAAGCCUAGAAUGGAAGAUAUUAAUAUUUUGUAUGUAUAAAUGCGUUCGAUUUUCCCCCCACCAUUAUCACAGUACCAGGUUUCCUCAAAAAGUGUGAUUAUUCAGCUUGUAUACGUUAAUUUAUAAUUCCUUAGAAGUACAAGUGCAUUUGUACAUAAAACGUUCAAAGUUCUGAAUAACCACAAGCAUGCCUUUAAUGAUUUGAAUGGCAUGUAAUAAUUCAUCAUUUCAAAGAUAUUUAUUAGCUUAUUAAAUUAGGAUUUAAUGAUUUAAUUGAAACACACACCACCAUGUCCAAUACACACCCUGAAAGAGUGCGUAUGUUCUCGUGAGCGAGGCCCUUAUGCAGCGUAUAACACGUUGACUAUAUACAUGUAGCAUUUGAAAAUUGUAGUAAAAAUACAAAAGGAAUCAAGCAGUGAUUAAAAUGUAAUUCAUCGAAUAAAGCGAUCGACUAUUUAGGAUUUGAUCACCACCACAACCCAUCGUCGAUGGGGGGGGGGGGGGGGGGGGGGCUGUUUGGAACCCCACAAUAGUGCCUGCGGGAUUGAUCAGUAAUCAUUCUGUCUACUUCCUGUCUGUCCCGACAAUGUCAUAACACAAUUUGAGUAUAAUAUCUACACCCCACUAAGCACCCUGGCGCUUGGAAAGGUUUGGUGACCAGCGUUUUAAAACAAUUGUGUCCGAAUGUCAACCUAAUGAGACAAAGUAAAGCUUCUAUCACCCAGGGUUUUUUUUAAGCUUAUUGUGAAUUAACAACGAAUAUGGUGUUAUGUCAGUGAAGCUAGAUUUGUGUUUGGGACCUAGCUGUACAUGUAUAUUGGGACCAACCUGUACAUGUAUAUUGAACAGUAUGUUUGAUAUCUAUCUGUAUAUUGUUUUUAUUAAUAUUUUGUUCUUUUUUUUAUGUCAAUAUAUAUUAGAUCGCAUUCUAUGUAUUUUUCAUGUCCAGGGCGUUGUUUACAAAUGUAAGCAUUUGAAUGUUUCAAGUGUGUUGUGAACAUUUUUAAUUUAACACAUAUGAAGCAAAUUUUUCAUGAAGACACUGAAUGAUAAAAAUUUGUAACUUUACGGCAUUUUAGUUUCACCUAACCUGUACAUCUGUGUUAGGUAUUACAUAAGUAUGCCUUUAUAUUGAUGUAUUUUGUUUUAAAAACAAAAUAUAUGUAAACACUUUCAUGGAAAUGUAUUCUUAGAAAAGACGUAAAGUGUUUGGGGGCAGAAUAACUUAAUGACACACACAGAAAUUUAAAUUAUUUUGAAUUAUUUCCCUGCAACAAAACUUAUUCAAUGUAGUUGCAAAAAAUCCAGGUUUACAAUAUUUAAGAAAUAUGUAUAUACAUGUACUGGAUAUAAGCUUUUCUAGAAAAUUCUACCAUUUCAGUUCUUAAAAAGUAUUUCAAUAAAAUGAAGUUGUAAAUCCGUAAAACUUCAUAAAAUCUUAUGCUUUACCUUAUAUAUUGUUAUGCAGAGUAUUGAAAACCGUCUCGAAAAUGUUGCUACAUGCAAUCUACAAUUAAUUAGAUUGAAAUAGACUUGUUUAUCUUGCACCUUUACAUCAAUGACGUAGGUUAAUACGUAUUUUGAAAAUCAAUGAAGAGGGCUUACAGUUGUGUCUGUAUUUUAAAUCCCUAUCCUCGUAUAUAUGUGUGCUUUCUAUCUGUAAGUGGUGGGUAGUGAUUUCUUUGUUUUUUUUGUCAGGUCCUAUUUCUAAAGUUAUCUCCUGUCAGACAAACUGAAUGGAUAUACAUGUAUAUUAGUUGGGUUUUUGAAAAAUUAAUGAAAGUACUUCACGAUUACUUACUUCUUCUUUGAAUACUGUAGAUUCCUUAUAUUACGCGAGUACUUAAUAUCGCUAAAUGCCUCGCGGACGUUAAAUCGCGUGAAUUCGCGAGUGUUCUAUUGAUGAAGACCUUUUACAUGUAUUUCGGCAAUGUAGAAAUGAAAGCGAGUAAUUUUAUUUUGCCUGUCGUGCUUCUCGCGAAAUUUCGCGAUAAUAUAUUCUUCGCGUAUAUUUAUGAAUUUACAGUAUUUGUUGUAUUUUGUCUGUAGAUGAGGCAUCUACAGGCAAAAUACAAUGAAUACUGAAAAGUCUGCGUAAGUAGAACAAAGGAGAUACUUACCCACUACUCCCAAAACAAAAUUGUUUUAUUCAUCGUGUUUGAUAUACUACUACUGAUUUCGCAAUAAUUUAAGCCAAUAUGAAUAUAUCUGCUAUUACAAAUAAAUACUUGAAAAUGCAAAA